UCAAAGAGUUUUGAAUCAGUCAACUCCUAUAUCCCUUGUUUCCUGUAAUUUUCUGAACUGGGUCUUCUCUUAAUUUAUCAUUUCUCGCCGGAAAAACUCUCAGAAUUUCCUUGUAUUUCACGGCGAAGCUAUAGUCCUCUUGAAAGCGACCGUCUCUGAUAUAUAUUAGUUUAUUAGGUAAUGAAUGUGAAAUUUACCGAGUCAAACAUGUUUAAACAAUGUAAAAGGUGAAGACUUUUGAUGAAAAAAUCCAAACUUUGGAUCUGUUUCAGAGUCAAUAAGCUCUCUCAUAUAUAUCUGCGUGUUACUGUGUUGUUCGAUUUGAUCAAAGAAGGGAACUUUGUUGUUGGGUUGAUCUGAAUUUUUGAUUUAUGCUUCAAGUGUUGCAGGCGAUUGUUUUGUUUAUCUUGUUUUGGGUUUGGUUGUCUUGGAUGGGAGGAGGUAGCUCAAAAGAGUCGAAUAGAGGUGAAAGUAGUCGAAGGUAUGAACGUAGUGUGUCUGGGGGCUCGUCUUACUCGUCUGCUUGGGACCAGAACAGCUAUUAUCAGACACCAAACCAUCCAUCUGCGUCUCCUGUUUCCUCCUACAAUUCUGGGAGACAAACACCGAAGAAUCUUGAGAGGAAGUAUUCACGGAUUGCUGAUAACUACCGUUCCAUCGAUGAGGUUACCGCUGCUCUUUCACAUGCCGGUUUGGAGUCCUCGAAUCUCAUUGUUGGUAUAGAUGUCACAAAGAGCAAUGAGUGGACAGGGGCGAGAUCAUUUGGUAGGAAGAGUCUGCAUUACAUUGGAACAACUCCAAACCCUUACCAGCAAGCUAUUUCCAUCAUUGGAAAGACUUUGUCAGUUUUUGAUGAGGAUAAUUUGAUCCCCUGUUAUGGAUUCGGAGAUGCUACAACCCAUGAUCAGGAUGUCUUCAGUUUCAAUCCCAAUGAUACAUUUUGUAACGGGUUUGAAGAAGUUCUCAUGUGUUACAGAGAGAUUGUUCCGCAGCUCCGUCUUUCAGGUCCGACAUCUUUUGCACCCAUCAUUGAAAGGGCCAUGACAAUUGUGGAAGAAAGUGGUGGCCAGUACCAUGUUCUUCUCAUCAUCGCUGACGGACAGGUGACAAGAAGUGUUGAUACAGAUAACGGCGGAUUCAGUCCACAGGAGCAGCAGACUAUUGAUGCCAUUGUAAGAGCAAGUGAAUAUCCUUUGUCUAUAGUUCUUGUUGGUGUUGGAGAUGGCCCUUGGGACACCAUGAGACAGUUUGAUGACAACAUCCCUGCUCGUGCCUUUGACAAUUUCCAGUUUGUGAAUUUCACGGAUAUAAUGUCAAAGAACAUUGAUCCAGCAAGAAAAGAGGCAGAAUUCGCGCUUUCCGCCUUGAUGGAGAUCCCGUCUCAGUAUAAAGCCACCCUCGAGCUAGGCUUACUUGGACAGAGAACUGGACAUUGUCCAAACAGGAUUGCGCUUCCACCACCAACUUAUGCUACUCAAUCUAUGCGCAACAGCCCAAGAACUUCCCGAUCAACCAGCUUUCAAAACAGACCAUAUGAUAAUGGUGUUUCCUCUACACCACCUUCAACUACUCGUAACGAGAGCCAGCAACAGGUUUGCCCCGUAUGUCUAGUGAGUCCAAAGAACUUGGCUUUCAACUGUGGUCAUCAGACUUGCUCAGAAUGUGGGGAGGACCUCAAUAUUUGCCCCAUUUGCCGGAGCUCAAUCUCGGUUCGUAUCAAGCUUUAUUAAGAUAACCCUCAAGAGCUAAAGGAACCCAAAGGUGACCCUGAGAUCAUUUACAGCACAGCUUUGCGUCUUAAACUUCAUCCCAACUUAGAUCUCAUGACAUUACCAGUGUCCUAGCAUUUGUUUUUACUUUGAGCGGAAUACCGUUGAAUGAUUAUCGAUCAAUCACGGCACCUCUCAAAGGUUUGUAGAUAAUCUGUUGUCAGUUUUGAAUUCUCAUUGCACAUGGAAAAACCACAGCAGACUCUCCCGUAAAUAAAGGAUCCUUUGGUGUUACAGAUUUUUACU